AUGUCCCUACGUAUACUAGCGAAGAGAUCCUCCUCUAUCUGGAUGAAAACGCGCAUUACACCAGCGUUAACCACCCCAAUCACCAUCACAACCCGUUUUAACUCCACGACUACAACUGCACCAUUGUCUAAGGAUGACGCUAAGGCAACCGUCCCAGCUACAGAGGCUAAACCUGUCGACCCCAAAAUUUCCAAAAUUGUUCAGGAUAUCUCACAAUUGACUCUUUUGGAAACCUCUAGUUUGAUUACCGAAUUGAAGACUGCAUUAAACAUCCCAGAGAUGUCCAUGCCUAUGGGCGGAUUUAUGGCAGGAGGUGCCGGUGUCGGUGCUGGUAAUGCAGCAGGCUCAGCUGGUGAAGCAGGUGCCGGUGCUGAAGAAGAAGCCAAGCCGGAGGCCAAAACUGUGUUCACUGUGAAGUUGGAUUCUUUCGACGCAAAGACCAAGGCUAAAGUCAUCAAAGAAGUCAAAGGUUUACUAGGUCUCUCACUAGUUGAAGCUAAAAAAUUCGUCGAGGCUGCUCCAAAGGUCUUGAAAGAAAACAUAGCCAAGGACGAUGCUGAAAAGAUCAAGAAAACCUUGGAAGGUUUAGGAGCUAAGGUCAGUUUGGAAUGA